AUGACACUCUGGAACUCCACCUUGGAAAGCGGCUUCAUCUUGGUGGGGAUUCUGGAUGGCAGUGGCUCUCCUGAACUGCUCUGUGCCACAAUCGCUGCCCUGUACACACUGGCACUGACUAGCAAUGGACUGCUGCUCCUGGUCAUCACAGUGGAUGCCCGGCUCCACGUGCCCAUGUACCUCCUACUUCGACAGCUGUCUCUCAUCGACCUCCUCUUCACAUCGGUUGUCACUCCCAAGGCCGUCGUGGAUUUUCUUUUGAGAGACAACACCAUCUCCUUUGGGGGCUGUGCCCUUCAAUUGUUUUUGGCAAUGACAAUGGGUGGUUCAGAGGACCUCCUUCUGGCCUUCAUGGCCUAUGACAGGUAUGUGGCCAUUUGCCAUCCUCUGAACUACAUGAUCUUCAUGAGUCCUAGGGUCUGCUGGCUCAUGGUGGUCACAUCAUGGAUCCUGGCAUCCCUCAGUGCACUAGGUCAUACUGCGCACACGAUGCACUUCCCUUUCUGCAUGUCCCGGGAAGUCAGACACCUGCUCUGUGAGGUUCCUCCACUGUUGAAGUUGGCUUGUGCAGAUGCCUCCCAGUAUGAGCUCAUGGUUUAUGUGACAGGAGUGAUAUUCCUACUGCUCCCCCUUUCUGCCAUUGUUACCUCCUACUCAGUAAUCCUGUUCACUGUGGUCCACAUGCCCUCAAAUGAGGGCAGGAAGAAAGCCCUUGUCACCUGUUCCUCCCACCUGACCGUGGUUGGCAUGUUCUAUGGGGCCGCCACUUUCAUGUAUGUCCUGCCCAGUUCCUUCCACAGCCCAAAGCAAGACAAUGUCAUCUCUGUGUUCUACACAAUUGUCACCCCAGCUCUGAACCCCCUCAUCUACAGCCUGAGGAAUAAGGAGGUCACUGGUGCCUUAAGGAGAGUCCUGGGGAGACACAUUCUGCCAGCACACGCCAUCCUUUAG